UUUUAUAUAUUUUUUGUGUGUAGAUUAAGUGCCCAAAGCAAUUUGCGGUGGUUGUGAGCAAAUGCAUCGAUAGAACCACCAGAGGAAUUAGGGCCGCUAUUAAGUAUUGUGCUGAAAAUACUGAUGGCUUGGAUGUAGAAGGUUUGCGACAUGACAUCCGUAAUGCUCCAUUCCAUGCAUUUGGGAGUCAUCUCAACUGUCGUGAUUAUUUUUGCACUAUCAAAGAAGGGGAGAACGAUGACUGUGACAACUUAAUUUCAAGUUUGGAUCAAGCUGGGAUUUGGAAUAAAAUACUUGUAGUGAUAGAGAAGACAGCUGCUAAGGCAGAAUUCAUUAAUGAAAACAGAACAAGUAAUUUGGUUGAAAAUUUAUACUGUAGGUUAAGUAAGUACAAUGUUGGCAAAAGGGUGGACACUAUGAGCCGAGGUUCGUAUCAACGAAGGGUGUUCAUAACAGUGCUACAGCAUAACGACGGAUAUACUUGGCAAGAGCAACAUAUGCGUGCCUUUACUGGGGAUGAUCCUGGAUUUUUCAUGCAGAAAAUGAUUCAAGAAAAAACUAUGUCUUCUCUUCGAAUGAAAAAGGCGAGGAAUAAACCUGGUUAUUGUCGUCGAAAAGUCACACAAUGCAUCGAAGUAGAGCAUGAUUAUGGCGAAGAAGCAGUAACCGCUAUGGAAGAGUCGGAAGAUGUAACUCACGAUUGUACCACGAUUGAAUCCAAAUAUAAGGUAACGGAAGCCACAAGAGAACAAUUGAGUUCCAGUACAUCGAUAACAGACAUGGAGGAAAUAACUAUGGGACGGAUCCUUACGAAGUUUGUUCCGGAGAUCAUAGGCUGUAAGGAGUCUAAUAAAUGGAAGAAAUGCGAUAUGAUUUUACAAGCCACGACGACAUGGAAUUAUCUGAAAAGUAAAAGAGCUAUAGUGGGACUUGUACUCCGUUCGUUGAAGGAACAGCAUGGUGUAAAUAUGGGAGAAUGCAAAAUGUUUGUCGAUACAUGUCACCAAUAUCUAUGUUGUGUGGCGGACGCUAUUUCUGAGGAUGGCACUACUGUUCUUCUGAUAAAGAAACAUGACACUAAGGAAACAGUUUUAAAAACGAUUCAGAAGUGUUCGAAUAAAUUUGGAUGCAGAAUGAAGGAUGGAAAACUAGUAAUCGGGAAGAAUUUGAACAUUGAGGUGCAAUCUUUACUACAUACCGCAAAAAUUAAAAAUGUUUAA